AUGAACUGGCUUCUUGAGUCGGAUAUUGACCUGGCUUCGGCCAGUCUCAUCGUCCAACUGCAAAUAGAAGAUGCAGAACAUUACUUCAACACGUCCAAAGGGAAAUCUCGAGAUCCCACAAGCGAAGAGGAAGCAUUUCAGCUACAAAAUGAAGAAUUACAAAAGCUUUCUCGGUUGCUUUUAGAUAAACGAAUGGCUGAAAGUGUCGCAGCUGCCGUUCGGGCUAAUGGGCAGAUGUUGGCUGAUGGUAUCGCUCAGGAAGAGACUGCGGUGAAGGACAGAGAUAUUGCUCAUCGAUGGACUGGGGAUCAAUUUCCCGUGGCUGCAGAAGAGACAGCUAAAUCCAGCCAGGAUCCGUCUAGUCUGGAUGACAAGACUCUGAAGAAACUGCGUAUCUUAUACGUGUCUAAUCUUCAAGGCUCUUCUGGUACGUAUGGCACUGAAACGGUCAACGAGGAGACUGAAAGGGGCGAAUCAUCAGCCUGGGCAGCUAAACGAACUCGCCAGCCAGCAUCAUCUAUGCGUCGUUGCGUCGCCUGCGGCGAAGAAACUGAAUUCGUCAACGUGGUCCGCGUACCCUGCCGUCACGAGUACUGUCGUACCUGUCUAGAGGAUCUCUUCAAGGCAUCGAUGACAGAUGAGACUCUAUUCCCUCCCAAAUGUUGUCGACAGCCCAUUGCCAUGAAUUUUGCACGUAUCUUUCUGAAGUCUGAUCUUGUGCAGCAGUUUGAGAAGAAGAAAAUCGAGUUCGAGACUCCAAAUAGAACGUACUGCUACAAUACCCAGUGCUCGGUCUUUAUCCCCCCGGCUCAUAUCAAUGGGGAAAUAGCUACUUGCCCUAAUUGCGGAUUCACUACUUGCACGUCUUGCAAGGCACGAGCUCAUACGGGCGAUUGUCUCGAUGAAGCCACGCAGCAGCUAAUGGCUACUGCGCGGGAAAAUGGAUGGCAGCGCUGUUAUUCAUGUUGGCGUAUGGUGGAACUGAAUUAUGGGUGUAACCAUAUGACCUGUCGCUGCGGUGCCCAAUUCUGCUACAAUUGUGGAGAGCGCUGGAAAACCUGCCAGUGCGAACAAUGGGACCAACAUCGCCUCCUAUCCCGUGCUCAUCAGAUAAUCGAUCGUGAACAGAAUAGUCCUGGGGCUGCGAAUCCUGCACUAGUUGCUCCCAUUCCCCGUACACAGCAACCUACUCCGAUAGAAAACGAGGAGCCUCGAUCAGUCACGGAGACUCCACAACCGGCGCAACAAGAACAAGCACCAUGGGCUACUUUGGUCGUUGAAGCGAUAGGAAUCCUCCGAAAUAACCACGAAUGCGAGCAUUGGCACUGGAGAUGGGCAACUUCACUAGCCGAUAUAUAUGAAAUUACAAUCCUCAUCACCGGCUGCUCAGAUGGCGGUCUAGGUUCACACCUCGCCCUCGCCUUCCACAAAGCUGGCUGGCGCGUCUUCGCCUCUGCUCGCAAUCUGACAAAAUUAAAACAAGCGACAACAGCCGGCAUCGAGGCAAUCCAACUAGACGUCACUUCGGACAAAUCGAUCGUCAGCGCCGUUUCGCAAAUCUCAGAACUUACCCACGGCUCCCUCGAUGUUCUCUUAAACAAUGCCGGUGGCGGGUACUCAAUGCCCCUUAUGGAUCUCGAGCUUGACCAAGCACGGAAACUGUUUGAUUUGAAUGUCUGGUCCAUAAUCAGCGUAACGCGAGCUUUUCUACCGCUGUUGAGCAAGUCUCAAUACGGUGGUAUGGUGGUUAAUAAUACCUCCUGCUCAUCUGUACCAGCUGGCAUGCAACCAUUUGCAGGCGCAUAUGCAGCCUCCAAGGCUGCCGCGGCUAGUAUCACUGAGAUUCUACGUCUAGAACUCGCUCCCUUCGGCAUCAAAUCAAUCAACUUGAUGAUGGGUGCCGUAAAGUCAAACUUCUUUGAGAAUACACCCGCUUCCACCCUACCACCUACUUCACUGUACAAUGUCGCCAAGGAGACGGUGGAAAGAGCAAUGUCCGGACAAGACAACAUGGCAGACGCCGACGAUCCCACGAAAUAG